GCUCCUGAAGCCACACUGCCACCGUCUCAAGGCUGUUGUUAAUUGAGGCAGAAGUGUGAACGACUUCAGAAAGAAUCUCAUCGGCAAGAGGCAGACAUAUAGAAGAUGCCAAAAAUGUAUCCAGCUGGUCAGAAGAGUUUACAGAAAGAACGUCAACAUGAAGAGGAUGUCUCUGAAAAGAGGAACAAAAGAAAUGGUAGGACUAACAUUCAGAGACCCUGCAAAAUUAUAAACCGUAUGAAGGUGAAAGACUGUAAUCCUCAAUAUAUGGGCCCAGAUGAAGACUUAAACAGAUUGGGCUCCAGUUUGGGCAGACGCUGCUCCUUGAAGGACAGUAAUGCCCACAAGCCGUCAGAAUCCUCAAAGACUAACACAGUGAGGCCCGAGAAGAAAUUGUGUCCAAAUCAAACUGGAGAAGACUUUCAAGAGAAUGACAAAUUGUCCUUUCUUCAGGGUCGUCCACAAAUUAAACAACCUGAUAAGAACAGGAAGAAACUGGCAUCUGCAACAAAGAACUUGGUAAUGGCCUCUCAGCACCCUAGGUUUCAGCCCAUUGUGAAGCUAACAAGAAUUGAUGCCAUCAGAUCUCAAGGAGUGUACAAUAUAAAUCCAAUCCGCCAACAGUGUAUGGGAACAUUUAAAUACAAAUUGAAUUCUAAAGAUAAUGGAAGGAUUCAUGGGAGUAAGAAACUGUAUCACUGUCCUGAAGGUGGGAAACAAUUCUCAGAUAGUCACAUGCCUAAGAAACGCAGAGAACAUAAUACAGGCCAUACCACAACUCCCGUUGUAGAGAAACCAUAUUUGUCUAAACGUGGCAAACGAUUCUCACAAGUGAGCCACCUUCAGACACACAUAAUUGGUUACGGAGGACAGGGUUUAUGUCGUUGUCCAGCAUGUGGUAAACAUUUCUUUAACAGGAGCAGUCUUCGCAGACACAAAAGAAUUCACACUGGAGAGAAACCAUAUUGUUGUUCUGAAUGUGGCAAACGGUUCUCACAAGCAGGCCAUCUUCAGACACACAUGAGAGUGCACACAGGAGAACAGCCAUUUUCCUGUUCUGAAUGUGGCAAAUGGUUCUCACAAACAGGCCAUCUUCAGCAACACAUGAGAGUGCACAGAGGAGAACAGCCAUUUUUCUGUUCUGAAUGUGGCAAACAGUUCUCACAAGCAGGCCAUCUUCAGACACACAUUAGAGUGCACACAGGAGAACAGCCAUUUUCCUGUUCUGAAUGUGGCAAACGGUUUUCACAAACAGUCCAUCUUCAGCAACACAUGAGAUUGCACACAGGAGAACAGCCAUUCUCCUGUUCUGAAUGUGGCAAACAAUUUUCAGAUAGUAGUAAUCAUCGCAGGCAUUUAAGAGUUCACACUGGUGAGAAGCCCUAUUGCUGUCCUGAAUGUGGCAAAAGAUUUUCUAACACAAGCAGUCUUCUGCGUCAUGCAGAAGUCCACAAUAAAGACCAUCCUUAAGCCUGUUCUGAAUGUGGCAAGAAAUUCUCACAAAGAGGCAGUCAUAAUAGACAUAUAAGAACACACAUUUGAUAGAGGCCAUACUCGUUUCCUGAUUGUGACAAGCUAUUCACCGAUAACAGCAGCCUUCAUAGACACAACAGAACUCAUGCUGGAUUACGGCCAUAUUGUUGCUCUGAAUGUGGCAAGCGAUUCUUAAAACCCUGCAGUCUUCAGCGACACGCAAGAACUCACAGAGGAGAAAAGCCAUACCGUUGCUCUAAGUGUGGAAAAACAUUCAUACAGAAAACUCUUCAGGGACACAUGCAAAUUCAUGCUAAAAAGGCAAAGUCCAAAGAGACUGUAAAUAACAAAAAGAAGAAAAAUCUGAAAUAAUUCAGUCAGGUGUGGAAAGAAAAUUGGAAUUGCUCUGCUAGUUGGUUACACAGAAUGCAUUUGACUAAAAUUGGCAGACUCAUUUAGGCAACCCUGCUUAUUAAUUUACUGUAAGUGGCUUUUGCACUAAUGACUAUUGCAUAUUGUACACAGGUCUACUUUACAAGUUCUAAAGUUCUCUUAUACUUCUAUACUUUUUUUUAUAUUUUACUGUACUACGAAGUUGGGAGAGAAACAGUAUUUUGAUUCUCCUGUAUGUUCUGCACAUAUAGUGAAUUGACAAUAAAAGGCUAUUUGAUUUGAUUUCAGUAUUUCUAUUAUCUUUUCUCCAGAGUCCGUAUUGGUGUUCACACUACUCUCUGGUGUGGCUGCUGCUCUUUCUAUCUGAAGAGUUAGUCCAGCUGGGGUUCGAUCAGCCCAGUAACGUCUAGCGGUCCCUCACAACGGGAGUGUAUGAAUAUACCGAGGCAUGUUUAGCAUACAGCUGAUGACGUGUUCAUCUAAUAUAAAUAAGGCCAUAUAUGGACAUCCUGUAUUACGUUACACAGAGAGAUACCUGAUACUUCAAGUCCGGAGUGACCUUGAGGGGCUGCAUACUUGAAUGAACUCAUCCUACUUACAGCAGUCAGACAAAAAGAAA